CGUACGGCUUAGCAACCCACAAGCAUCAUGGCGGAUGACACAGCUAAGGAGGAUUUCCCCCAGGAUGACCUGGAAACCAAGGAGGCAGAGAACAAUGAAUUUGAGGUUGACACUGAAGAAGAAAAUAAAGAUGUAGACAUGGAUCUUACGCGACCAGAUUCAGAAAAAGGAAACCCUCUUUCUCGUCCACCCUCUGCCACAAGUGUAUUGUCAGCUACAUCAGCUAGGCCACCUAGUGCACAUCGCUCAGAGUCAGCCAUUUCUGAUAAGUCUGGUGGUACCAAACAACCAGGAUCAGGUACCUUAAACAGGCCAGAUAGUGCAAAUCAGUUAAGGUCAACCAUUUCUAGCAGACCAGGUAGUGCAAGCAGGCCAGGAUCAUCCACGUCUAACAGACCAGGUAGUGCAAAUCAGCCAAGAUCAGCUACUUCAGUGAAUAACAUGCUGUCACAUUCUUCAGGUCACUCAGCUUCACCUACUAGUAGCCGCCAAGGUUCAGAUUCAGGAAGAGAUUUUCACCCGUCGGUUGAGGUCAUAGAGAAUGGAGCUGGAGCCACACAGAGAGAGGAAGCAGUGGAGCAAGACAAAGGUGGCACUCAAACACCAGCUGAAGAGGAAGAGCCUGAUUUGCCUAUGAUGCCUGCUGCAGCUGCUGAACUUCAGCAUGGGGGUGGUAGGGGUGGUGGGGGUGGUGGUGGUGGAGACAGUGAUGAUGAAGAUGAAAGUGAGGAUGAAGAAGCUAGUGAGAGUGAAGAGGAGGGGGAGGAGGAGAGUGAAGGAAGUAGCACCGAGACAGAGCUAAUUGUUCUGGACCCUGAUCAUCCUCUGAUGAAACGCUUCCAAGCUGCCUUGAAAGCACACCUGGACAAGCAAAGUGAGCGGCUUACUUUGCAGUUGAGGGAACUCGAUGAGUCCCUUCGUGUUAGAAAGAAGGAACGUGAAGACCUUGGAGUGGACCUCUAUGGCGUGCAGCAAGAGCUGGCUCGUUACCAAAUGAUGCUGGAGCGCAACCAUGAUGAAUUUUCACAGAAGAACCAACUGCGCCAACGUCAUGAACAGGAACUUGUGGAUGUGCGUCAUGUCUAUAAAGAUACACAGCUGACAGUGAACAUGGAAAAGAAGAAGGGUGCUGAGCUGCAAGGAGAAGUAGAGAAUCUGGCUCUACGACUCUUCUAUAUGGAGAAUGCCAAAGACGAUGUGCGGUCAGAUAUAGCUGUCAUGCGACGAGCUGCAGAAAAGGCAGAGGGGGAUGUAGCAAAAGCAGAAGCUGCAAAGCAAAGGCAGGAUCUGUUUGUAGAUCGGUUGGUCGAGCAAGUUGACAAGUUGAGGGAAGAAGUUGCCAUGUAUGAAGCACAGAUCACAGCCCAGACAGAGGAGACACGAGCAGCCAAAGAUGCCCUCAUGGAAGCUAACAUGGAGAUGGAGGCUAUUGGGGUGGAGAAGAAACAACUGUUUCAACAGUGGAAUUCCAGUCUUAUCGGCAUGCGCCGUCGAGAUGAAGCACAUGCAGCCAUGCAGGAGGCCUUGGAUAAACAGGAGCAGAAGAUUUUGUCACUGGAGAUGGAAAUGGAGGGUUACCAGAGGUCUAUUCAAAAAGAGCAAGAAACCAAUGAGAAGCUGACUCUGAUCCUAGCAAAAACAGAACGAGAAAUUGAGGCUGUCAAAAAACAACUGGCCCAGUGUCAUUCACGUUUUGAUGCCCUGAAAGCUGAGUACACCGUCUACACUCGUAUGCUGCAUGAGACAGAGCAGUCUCUGAACAGAGCAAAUGCUGACAAGACACUGAGGGAACAUGAAUUAGAUGCACUGAGGAAACAGACUGAGAGAGAAUUUCAAGCAAAGGUGUCCCUGGAAGAUCAAAUCAUGGAGCGCCUUCGUACACAGCUGACAUUGGAUAAAGCUGCCCAGUACUCCAAGAAACUGACCUUUCAGACUCGAGAGCGUACCAAGAAUGUGGAAAUUGAAGUGGCAGAAAUUGAAAAUGAAAUUGCUCGCUCAAAUCUGGAGACUGUAAAUAUAAAAACGCGUGUUGAGCUACUUUUAAAAAUUCAAGAAAAUUUGGACAAGGAGAUGGUAGUCAAGAAUGACAUCAUCACUAAAAGUAUGUUGGAUACUGAAAAACGCAAUACUCUGAUAGAACGCAAGCAGAGCUUGAUUGACCAGUACAACAAGAAGCUAGAGAGCAUGAUUAAUGCAGCUGGGGGUGUGGAGCUGGGCCCGAUGGAGAUCCAGAUCAAUGCACUGACCAAGAUGCUGGAACAGCGCAGGCAUGAGAUCAGUGAGCAGCAGCAGCAGUGGCUGCGGCAGCAGGGGGCACUGGUGCAGAUGACUAAGGAUAGAGAAGCCCAAUCCUCGGCUGUGGAAAAACUGAGUAGCCAGCUGACCAUAAUGUCUCAGAAGAAAAUUCGAACCCAGAAUGAGAUUGACCAGCAGCACCGUGAGAUGGAGGACAUUGAACGUCACAUUCGUGAUAUGGAGAAUGAUAUUGUCAAGCUCAACGCCCUGCUUUAUAAGCAGACAUCAACAGGAAUGUUCUUGGAGCAGACCAACAUCCUGUCCGAGAAUGAUUUUGUCAAGGGGCUUAGGGAGGCCGAGCAGGAUUCCAUUCGUCUGACAGAUCAACUGGAGUCUGUAAAGGAGGAAAAGGAACGUCUGCUUAACAGCCUAGUUGAGGCUGAACGUCAAAUCAUGCUUUGGGAGAAGAAAACUCAACUGAUGCGUGAGACAAAAGCAGCAAUAGACACAGAGGUGGGACAGGGGGAGAUGAAGGCUAUGAAGUCCGAGAUUCACCGCAUGACACUGCGCUAUUCGCAGCUGCUGAAGAUGCAGGAAAAGAUGAUUCAAGACAUGGAAAAGAGUGUGUCGAGGAGAGACACAAUUGUCACAAGAGGAGAAGCACAGUCUAAACUGCAAAAGAAAAUCCUUACAAAGGGUUCAUUUGAGAGACAGAUGGCAGAACUCCGCAAAAAAAUCAAGACCACAAUUCAGGAUGCAAAUGAUUGUGAUACGGAGAUCCGGCAGCUGCGAGAGCACCAGAUGGAACUGGGCAAGCAUCUGGAAGAGAAGCAGGUCAACUGCCAGACUCUACAGUCUUCUGCAGAAACAUUGGAUGGUGAUGUUCAGCAGAUGCUGGAGCUCCGGCAAAAAAACCUAAUGGACCUGUUAACAAAGCAGCAGCGCAUGAAGUAUUUGCAGCAAGUGAAGGAAGGUCGCUACACCCCAAUCUGCCGGACAGAAUCAGCCAUGCAGAUUGAGCAGGGCAAACAGGAAGGCCGCCUCCAUGCCCUGAAUGCCAUUGUUGAUCGUCUCAACCAAGAAUUCCCUUAUGCUCAACUUUCUUUGCGUCUUGCCACUUGGGCUUUGAGCUCCAGGAUUGUUGCAGGAGAAGAAUCAACAUAACAUGGAAGAUUUCAUUGCUGCAUAACAUCCUUUCUCAGAAAUGUAUAGACGCUGCAGGAAAUACCAUAACAAUGACACAUCCUUUAACAAAGAUUCCACUCUAAAAAUAAAUUGUAAUUUAAAUUCAUAAAGAUUUUGACAGCAGGGAUCACCGAUUUACUCAAUUGUGAAAUUUUUCGCUAAUGUGAUGGUAUUGUUAAUUGCUAGAAAAAUGAAAAGUAACCUUUAGAGAUCACAUGAUCUCUUGAACAAUAUGGCCAUAACUUUUACACUAAUGGGCAUCAUAUGGUCUUGCAGCACUGUCUUGAUCGUUGGAGUUUCAUGGCUUUAUGAUACAGUUGUAAGGUUGCAUAGCAUCACACUUGUGUCAGGGGGUUGGAUGGUGUCAUGAUUUGACAUCAGCAUCAUAGGCUUUAAAGCGUUAUUACAGUAAAAUUGGAUGAAUAUUUUGAAACUUCUUGUCAAAAGGGUCAACAGAUUCAUGGACAUUCCACCAUAUAAUUCUUUACUUGUGGUGUUUGUAUCGACAUAUUUCAGUCAUGUGACCUACUAUAGGCGCCAUAAGUGUGAAGUGACUCAGUUUACUUUUUUUUUUUAAAUGCUUGCUUAUGCUGACAGGCAAUUUGUUUUAAGAGAUGGGGGAAUAUUUUUAUAGAUUUAUUUAUAUAGGCACAUUAAUGUGGGCUGACAUGACAUACAGCAACAGUUACUACAGGGAGGUUUUGGUUUUAUUGUCAUUUCUAAAAAUCUGUUUUGUAAUAAUGUACAAUGCAGAGGAGUGACAGUAUGAAUAAAAGACAGCCAAAGACA